CUCUCUGCCAAAUUAGCGAAACAAAAAGAUGAGGGAAGUUGGAUCAGAAGAGAGAGUCACCUCGCUAUUUGGAACUGAAAUGUCGCCGCAAGCUUUACUGAAAAUGUAUUCACAUCAUUAUGAUAAAGAAACGUAAGUUUACGGUUCCGGAAAGAGAGGGGAUGGCGGAUUUUAAUAUAAAAAGCUACGAAUAUCACUACGAUAUCGUGUACUCUUGCCAAAGUAUUCAUCCCAAAAUGAAGUUCUACGGGUUUAUCGCUGCAUUCGCAGCUCUCCUCGUCAUUCACAUCGAAGCAUCCCCGAUGGACCAUUCCGCACAAAUGAUGCUCAAAUUCAUCAACGAGACCUUAACAACGACCAGAGAAUAUUUUACUGAGCUCAUAACUGAGAGUUCUAAAACGAUUAUGGAUGUAUACGGAGUCAGGAGAACGAAUGCACAAGUCUAUAGUGUAUUUAACAGGGACCAGCUUUCAGGACUUAUUCAAGAGAAAUUACGUGAGGGAAAGGAUGUUACAAACUGCACUGGGGCAUUCGAAUCAAAAGUGUCGGAACUCUUAAAUCAACACUUUGAUGAAUUGACACAGUGUCGCGAGAGUCACAUGGCUAAUUACAGUGAAGUAGUAACUCGAGAAGAAAUUUGGCAAGCGGAAGGUGUAAAUUACCAAUCGCAAAUUCGUAGCCAUAUUGAAUGUUACGAUAAAGAUUUUGGGGCGGAAUGUGAUCUUGAUCAUUCCACUACACUCAAUGAUGCAAUUUUAGCCUGGAAAGUGGAGGGAGAAAAAAUGAAAAGAAAUGGAGACUUGUGGAUCUCGUACAAUAACAUAAGAUCAUUGAACUGCCUCACGUUGUCGGGCAUCUACUACAGGCGAAAUUACUACAUUGCAAUGAAAAACGAACAGCGUUGUCUCGGAGUUGGCGUCAGCGACGAACAGCUAGAUCCCAGCAAAUUACCCCUUUCUGUGAGAGAAUCGAAGACAAGCGUGAGCGAAGAGCUACCAAAAAUUGCAACGACCAUCCAGGAGUCAUCGAAACAAAUUAAUAACGAAAUAAAUAAUGUCGUAUAGGAUUCGCCUCACAGAGGGUAAAGGUACAGACCUACGGAGGGGUAGAAGACACGGCGAACCCACAACGGCUUCCAAAUUUGAAGGUGGCUGACUGCCAUCUGAAAAAAUAUAAAAAUAGAAAUUAUAAUAAGUCACAUUAAAACUUA